UUCAAAUAAACUACGAGGCAAUUUUUGGCUGACUAAGUGGCUUUCGCGCCUUUUAAGUUCUAAUAACUAAUUAGAAACCUAAAUUGGGCUUGUAAUUAAUGAGCCCUAUACUUAUAUAUUCUUAUAUCAGAUAAUAUUUACAAUGGGGUACUCAUUAUGGGAAGAGCAAUAGGCAUAGAUCUCGGAACAACAAAUUCUUGUGUUGCAAUAAUGCAGGGCAAGGAUACAAAGGUAAUAGAAAAUAAAGAAGGGGCAAGAACUACUCCAUCUAUAGUUGCAUUGACUUCUUCAGGAGAAAGGUUGAUUGGUGCUCCAGCAAAAAGGCAAGCAACCACCAAUGCAAGUAAUACCUUUUUUGCUACUAAGAGAUUAAUAGGCCGUCAAUAUAGUGAUCCUGAGAUGAAAAAUCUAAGUGUACCAUACAAAGUAUUUGCAGCAAAAAGUGGUGAUGCAUGGGUUAAAACAACUGAUAAUAAAGAAUAUUCUCCUAGUCAAAUUGGUGCAUUUAUACUACAAAACAUGAAAGAGGCAGCAGAAGCUUAUCUUGGAGAGGAAGUAAAAGAUGCUGUGAUAACAGUGCCAGCAUACUUCAACGACUCUCAACGUCAAGCAACAAAAGAUGCAGGAAAAAUUGCCGGAUUAAAUGUACUCAGAAUAGUAAAUGAACCGACUGCUGCAGCACUUGCUUAUGGUCUUGAUAAGAAACAUGGGCACACAAUAGUAGUAUAUGACCUUGGUGGUGGUACAUUUGACGUUUCAAUACUUGAAAUAGGUGAUGGAGUUUUCGAAGUGAAAGCAACAAACGGUGAUACCCAUCUUGGAGGUGAAGACUUUGAUAAUGGAGUAGUGAGUUAUUUACUAGAUGAAUUCAAGAAAAGUAAUGGCAUUGAUUUGAAAAAUGAUCCAAUGGCUAUGCAAAGAAUCAAAGAAGCUGCUGAAAAAGCGAAAAUUGAAUUAUCAAGUGCAAUGGAAACGGAAAUAAAUCUACCGUUUAUUACAGCUGAUGCAAGUGGUCCAAAACACUUAAAUAUGAAAUUAACGAGAGCAAAACUUGAAAGCUUAGUGAAUGAUUUAAUCGAAAGAACUAUGGCUCCUUGUAAAAAAGCUCUUGAGGAUGCUGGUUUAUCUGCUAGUCAAAUUGGCGAAGUGGUUCUUGUUGGUGGCAUGACUCGUAUGCCAAAAGUCAUAGAGAAAGUUAAAGAAUUCUUUGGCAAAGAUCCACAUAGAGGAGUUAACCCUGAUGAAGUUGUAGCAAUUGGAGCUGCAAUACAGGCGGGGAUCAUUCAAGGUGAUGUAAGAGAUGUGUUACUACUUGAUGUGACCCCACUUUCUCUUGGUAUUGAAACUCUAGGAGGAGUAUUCACUCCACUUAUUGAGCGUAAUACUACAAUUCCUACUAAAAAAUCUCAGGUGUUUUCAACUGCAGAAGAUAACCAAACAGCUGUUACAAUUAAGGUGCAUCAGGGUGAAAGAAAACUGGCAGUUGAUAAUAAGCUACUCGGUCAGUUUAGUUUGGAAGGGAUACCUCCUGCUCCGCGCGGAAGGCCACAAAUUGAAGUGACAUUUGAUAUAGAUGCAAAUGGAAUAGCACACGUUUCUGCAAAAGAUAAAGCUACUGGAAAAGAGCAAAAAAUACGCAUUCAAUCUUCAGGUGGUUUAUCUGAUGAUGAAAUAAAUCGCAUGGUAAAAGAAGCUGAAGAAAAAGCGCAAGAAGAUGAAAAGCGCAAAAAGUUUAUUGAAGUGAAGAAUCAAGCGGAUAGCUUAGUCCAUUCUACAGAAAAGUCUCUGACAGAGUAUGGUGAUAAAGUUUCACCAGAAGAUAGAUCUGCUAUUGAAAAUGCAGUUAACGAAUUAAAAGAAGUUAGUAAAUCUGAUAACAUUGAUGACGCUGAUUCAAUACAGCAGAAAGUCACUAAUCUUUCUCAAUUAUCUAUGAAACUUGGAGAAGCUAUGUAUCAAGCAUCUCAACAAAAUAGUGCUGAAAAUGGCUUUUCAUCAGAAGGAAAUCCAAAUGAUAAAGAGGAAAAAGUAGUAGAUUCUGAUUAUCAAGACAUAGAUAAUAAAGAAGAGAAUAAGUAAUUGCGAUUGUCAUCCAAGUAGCUGAUACUGGGAUGACAAGAGGAGCAUAUUGUUGCUUAAAGAAACCAUUAUGGAUAUUAUUAAAACGAUAGAAGAAAAGAUACACGAUUCGAUAGAUGUAAUUGAUAUCAACAUUAUCGAUGAAUCAGCAAAGCAUGCUGAUCAUUAUUUUGCUUCAUCUUCAACACUACC